AUGAAUCAGACAUAUGUGCCCAAGGUUGGCAUGUGUUUUGGAACCAUUGAAGAUGCAAAUCAAUUUUAUCAGAAUUAUGCCAAGCGCGUUGGUUUUGUUACUAAGAUAAGGUUUACCCGAAGAGUUGGUAAAGAUAAGGUUCCUAAGAAUCAAAUGAUCACUUGCAAUAGGGAGGGAAAACGCAAGUCUAGAGUUUCACCAAUAGAAAAGACCAACCCUAGAACCAACUACAAUUGCCCCGCAAGGAUUUCUAUUAGGUUGAAUAAGGAGGGUCUUUGGAUUAUAUCGAAGGUGUGUUUGGAUCAUUCACAUCCUUGUGAUCCAGAGAUGACAAAACUGUUGACACGUAAUAGAGAGAUGACUAUGCACAUGUGUCGAGUCAUUGAGAGGAAUGAUGAAGCAGGUGUGAGACCAAGCAAAACAUAUCAAGUAUUGAUGGGUGAAGCGGGGGGUUUCUCUAAGAUAAACUUAAUGGAAAAAGAUGUUAGGAACUAUCUCAGCAGAAAGGUACGCAAUGUUACGGAAGAAAUGGAUGCUAGGGAGAUGUUGAAGUAUUUUACACGGAUGAAGGAUAUGAACUCUGAUUUUUAUUUUGAUAUUGAACUUGAUCAAAACAAGCGUCUCAAAACUAUAUUUUGGGCUGAUGCUCGAAGUAGAGCAGCAUAUGAGUACUUUGGAGAUGCAGUUUCAUUUGAUACUACUUAUAAAACCAAUCGUUACGAUAUGCCAUUUGGUUCCUUUGUGGGGGUUAAUCACCAUGGUAACUCAAUGCUUCUUGGGUGUGGUUUGUUGACAAAGGAAAAUCCAGGCUCGUUUACUUGGUUAUUUAAUGCUUGGCUUACAUGUAUGCAUGGAAAGGCUCCUAAAGGCAUUAUAACAGACCAAUGCCUCGGAAUACGAGCUGGAAUUGAGAAUGUGAUGCCAGAGACACGUCAUAGGUUAUGCAUUUGGCACAUUACAAAAAAGAUUCUAGAAAAAUUCAAAAGACACAAGAGAUAUGAAGAGUUACAAAGUGAUUUAAAUAAUAUUGUUUGGGAGUCUAUUUCAGAAGAUGAUUUUCAAAAUCAAUGGGAAGAUUUUCUGAUUGAAUAUGAUCCAGAAGAUAACAAGUGGCUAUCAGAUAUCUAUGAAGAAAGACAUCGAUGGGUUCCAAUUUUUCUUGACAACUUUUUUUGGGCUGAGCAACAAGAAAGGGAGGCUGAUGUUGAAGACUAUAAAUCAAUAAUACCUUAUGCCACUAAUUCCUUAAUAGAGAAGCAAUUUCAAGGUGCCUAUACUAAUGCAAAGUUUAAGGAAGUACAAAAGCAAUUUAGAAAGAAAGCAAAUUGUAUUUUGCACCUUAUGAAAGCAGUUUCUACAUCUAAAGUCUAUUCUAUUUUGGAGGAUGUAUCUACUUCUAAAGAGAGGGUUUAUGAAGUUAACUACAAUGCAGAAACGAAGGACAUUACAUGCAUGUGUCAAAUGUUUGAAUCAAGAGGCAUAUUAUGCCGUCAUAGCUUGGUUGUCCUAGGGCAUGAACGCAUGAGAGAAAUUCCAAGAAGAUACAUUUUGGACCGUUGGAGCAAACUUGUGAAGCGAAGACAUAGUGAUAUUAAGAGCAGCCAUGAUCCAAUGUCAAAAGCACAUGUUGCUAACUCAUCAUCUAAUGCCAAUGAGUUAGAUAAUUUGCUUACAUUAGAAGAUGGUGGUAAAGAUGGUGGUAAAGAUGUAUUGUCCAUUUUUGUAGGAGGCUGUAUAAUAAGCAUUCAAGAUAUUAAAAGCCCUCCUUAUGUUUCCACUAAGGGUCGUCCAACAAAUAGGCUAAGAUCUGAAAAAGACAAGAUGAUAAAAAAGAAGACCGACGCAAAGAAGAGGAAAAGUGAGAUAACCGAAAAAGAGGAUAAUCAACUUAUUAGAGAUAGUCAAAGUCUCUCUUUCAACGAACAGGUUCAUCCAAUACUUCAAGAUGCUAACUACCAUGUUAAUGAGGGAUUUGAAUCUGAUUCAAUGGGAGGAUCAAUGGGAGGAUUCAUGUCCUUAUUGAACUCAAUCCAUUCAUACCAAUUCUCAAAUGUCGAUUGA